CUUCUUCUCUUGUUUCCUUUUUUUUUUUCCUUGCUGCUGUGGGCUGUGGUGUUAUAUAUACUCCGCGCCUCACCUUCCCCUCUUUGCAAUCCGUAUCAUCUCCUUCGCCUCUUCUUCUUCUUCUUCUUCUUCUUGCCUUGGUCCAAGAAAGAGAGAGAAGAGCUAACAGCAGUCAGGCAGAGCAGCAUGUGUCCAGGAUCCGUGGAGGCGGCGGGUGCGGCGGGGAAGAGCGUGUGCGUGAUGGACGCGGCGGGGCCGCUGGGCCACGCGCUCGUCGACCGCCUCCUCCGCCGCGGGUACACCGUCCACGCCGCCACGUACGCCGCCUGCGGUGACGACGACGAGGAGGAGGAGGCCACCACCGCGGCGCUGCUCAGCCACCUGUCGUCGUCGUGCGGCGGCGAUGCGUACAGGCAACGGCUGAAGCUGUUCCGCGCCGACCCGUUCGACUACCACGCCAUCGCCGACGCCGUGCGGGGCUGCGCCGGCGUCUUCUGCAUGUUCAACACGCCCGACGACCAGGCCCAGUGCGACGAGUCGACGGUGGAAACGGAGGUCCGGGCGGCGCACAACGUGCUGGAGGCGUGCGCGCAGGCGGACGCCAUGGAGCGGGUCGUCUUCACCUCCUCCGCCACCGCCGUCGUCUGGAGCGGCGCCGGCGCCGGCACCCACCACGACCACGAGGAGGCCGCCGCCGCCGACGAGAAGAGCUGGAGCGACCUCGCCUUCUGCAGGAAGUUCAAGCUGUGGCACGCCCUGGCCAAGACGCUCUCGGAGAAGACGGCGUGGGCGCUGGCCAUGGACCGUGGCGUCGACAUGGUGGCCAUCAACGCCGGCCUGCUCACCGGCCCCGGGCUCACCGCCGCGCACCCCUACCUCAAGGGCGCCCCCGACAUGUACGACGCCGGCGUCCUCGUCACCGUCGACGUCGACUUCCUGGCCGACGCGCACGUCGCCGCCUACGAGUCCCCCACCGCCUACGGCCGCUACCUCUGCUUCAACAACGCCGUCUGCCGCCCCGAGGACGCCGUCAAGCUCGCGCAGAUGCUCUCGCCGGCCGCACCACGAUCGCCACCACCACCAAGUGAUGAGCUGAAGGUGAUACCACAGAGGAUUCAGAACAAGAAGCUCAACAAGCUCAUGCUGGAGUUUGCCAGCGGGGUAUACGGGGAGCUGGAUUAGGAAUUCCUGUUGUUUUAUAAUCAUUAUUUAUUUAUAAUUAUAAUUACCCCACAGAUGCGAAUGCAAAGCAACUAGGGUUGUUGUAUUCUUUUGUAGCAUAUUUGUGAUUUCCACCCCUCAAAAUAGGGGAAAUCUGUUUGGCUGGUCAAAUGUGCAUACGCUGUGCAUGGCCAAACACGCCACGUGUAUUGAUAAAAGCCCCUGCCAAGGGGGAGAGCUAGCAUUUGAGUGAUCGAUUGCCAACAAAGUAUUUAUCUAGGUUCGUGAGUUACAGGAGAUUUUGCAGCUCUGUUAUUGCCCCUGUAUUUUAUUUUAUGUACAGAAAAUACGAUGCUGAAACAUCGUUCUUACAAGGCUCUGCAUUCCAUUAGUUACAUGAAGCUUAAACGUUGACAGCAGAA